GUUAUAGGAACUAAAAACUAAUUUCUGCUUCAGCUUUAGUUAAAAAUGCUUCUUGUUAUUUGUACACGAGUAGAAAGCACUACUUUAAAAAGCAGAAGCUGAAGCUAACCUCUGCAACCAAACGGGUUCUUGAGUUCUUUUCCAGCACACCGUACCGCUUCUCAGUUUGAAGCUUCGCGGCAUCGCCGCUAUCACCAACUCCAACCGUCCGACUGCUACGAAACUCCAAAAAAAUUGGCCAUGGCAAGCUCGGCUCUGCGCAGACUCUCAAUUCCAUCACGUCUCCAUUUCUUGCGAUACAUUUCUUCAUCUAAUUCUCCUCGAAGGGUUGUCGUUACUGGUCUAGGUAUGGUGACUCCGCUUGGUUGUGGAGUGGAAGUCACAUGGAAAAGAUUGAUAGAAGGAGAGUGUGGAAUAAGAGCAUUAACACUUGAGGAUCUCAAAAUGAAUGCUUUUGAUAGAGAGACUCAGUUGCAUACGUUUGAUCAGUUAACUUCCAGAGUUGCCGCAAUCGUACCUUGUGGAACUAACCACGGGGAGUUCAAUGAGGAAGUGUGGCUAAAUUCUAAGGAACAUCGAUCAAUUGCAAGGUUUAUAGGUUAUGCACUAUGUGCCACUGAUGAAGCACUAAAAGAUGCGGAUUGGCUACCUACUGAACAAGAGCAGAAGGAAAGAACGGGAGUUUCUAUUGGUGGGGGAAUUGGGAGUAUCAGUGAUAUAUUGGAUGCAGCACAGAUGAUCUGUGAAAAGCGACUCCGCCGGCUUAGUCCAUUUUUCAUCCCAAGGAUAUUGAUAAACAUGGCCUCAGGUCAUGUGAGCAUGAAGUAUGGGUUUCAGGGCCCAAACCAUGCUGCAGUGACAGCUUGUGCUACUGGAGCACAUUCGAUUGGCGAUGCUUCACGGAUGAUUCAGUUUGGAGAUUCGGAUAUUAUGGUGGCGGGAGGUACAGAAUCCAGCAUUGAUGCUUUGUCAAUAGCAGGAUUUUGCAGGACAAGGGCUUUGACAACGAAGUACAAUUCUUCUCCUCUAGAAGCUUCACGACCCUUUGAUUGUGGUCGGGAUGGGUUUGUAAUAGGUGAAGGUUCUGGUAUUUUGGUAUUAGAGGAACUUGAACAUGCCAAAAGACGUGGAGCAAAAAUUUAUGCAGAAGUUUGUGGCUAUGGGAUGUCAGGUGAUGCAUAUCACAUUACUCAACCACAUACUGAUGGAAGAGGUGCCAUUUUGGCCAUGACACAUGCCUUGAAGCAGUUUUGUUCAUCUGCACCGGCAAGCAUUAACUUUAUCUGGUGCAAAUUUGAAUAAAUAGAAAGCGAUUAAAAUGGAAACAGUAGGGAGGAUUGUUGUUACAUCCUUCCUAGUUUAGUGUAUACCUAGUGGAGCCUGGAAACUUUCCUUUGUCGAUUGAUACAGUGUAUGUCUUGAACAAUUUGUUUUACUACUUGUGGCUUUU